CCUCUCUGUUUCUCACUUUCUAUGUCUCUGCCCUUUCUGCUUCUUUUUUCCUUUUCCCUUCUUCCGUCACUGCCGAUUCCUCUCUCCGGUUUGCGCUCUGUCUCUCUCCGUUUCCAGUUUUUCUUUUGGGUUCUUCGUUCCUUCCUUCUCCCCUAUUGUUCUUUUCCGUCCGUUAAGCCACCAAUUCUCUUGACAAAAAUUGAACUGUAUAGAUAUAAACCCAGAAAGCGUUUCUUCCCUCUCCCUUUCAUCUGUUUUCUAUGUUUCACUCCUCCGUUAGGGUUCUUGCUUCCAAUCGCUAACGCUCUUUCGUUUUCUCCAAUUAGGUUGAUGGGUAGUUCGUUAGAUUUCUUUCCAGCAGACCAAUAUAGGCGAGAGCUUUGAGCUGGGGGAGAGAUGGGUUUUUGUGAAUCGGAUCAAAUAGUACUACUGCUGCUGCUUCAUGCUCUGUUUCUUAGCCCAAUCGACAUCUUAUAAUCCCGUUUCUCUGUUUCCCCUGUUUCUCCACUCUCCGUCCCCCUUUCCCUUUCAAUUGAAACCAUUAGAUAGCUUUACUUCCCAUGGGGGAAGCAGAAGGAGCCGUGAACAGAACCAGCGUUGGAAGCAGCAGCAGCAGCAGAGCAAUGGAGAGUCUUUCCUUGGAGAUAAACAGGUACCCGAGGGAUCUACUGACGAGAUUCAUGUCCAGCGAGGGUCACGGCGGGCGGAAGCGCAGAGCUUUAACCAGGGAAGAGGAAGAAGAAGAUGAAGCAGAGAGGGAAGCAGAGGAAAUCGAGCUGAAUUUGGGCCUGUCACUCGGCGGCAGAUUUGGGGUCGAUAAGACUUCAAAGAAGAUCACACGAUCGUCGUCUAUAGCGGGUUCCAUACCGUUCCUUCAGGAGCCGGACGCAUUCAGCUCGCCCCCUGCGGCGACGUCGUACCCCUUGCUGAUGAGGGCGUCGUCUCUCCCAACAGAGACGGAGGAGGAGUGGAGGAAGAGGAAGGAAAUGCAGAGCCUGAGAAGGAUGGAAGCCAAGAGACGGCGGAGCGAAAAGCAGAGGAACUUGACUACAAAUUUGAAUUCGAAUCCUAGUCUAAGAGGAUUAGUAGGAGGAGGAAGUGGAGGGGAAUUGAGUUUUUUGGAGGAACAGAAGAAGGAAUUGUUGGUGAAUGUUAGUAGUAAUGGCAAUAGUAGGGGGAAUUGGAUGGCGAAUUGGGGGAGUUGUAGGCAAGGGGGAGUGAAUUUGAAUGGAAGCAGCAGCAGCAAUCAUUUGCAAGUUGGGUCACAAGUUUCAGUGGAAUCUCAGGGUGGGAAUAGCUCUACCUCUGGGAUGUCAGAAAUGGAGAGUAAGCCUAAUCUUCAAGGAUCAGGCAGCGCGGGCAGCGAAUCAAGAAGCCCAAUGAGCAACCAAUCCUUGCAAGACCAACGAAACCAGGCGGGGUGCUCUUCAGCCCCAAAGCUGACCACCCAAAUGUCGUCCAGAGCCGCUGUCGCAGAUCACACCGAGAACAAUCAAAUGAGCCUCACUGCCUCUUCUGCAGGAGACAAGAGGGGGAGGGAAGCUGGGACGACGAGCGCCAUGGAAGAUAUGCCUUGUGUAUUCACGAUAGGGGAUGGACCUAACGGGAGACGAGUAGAAGGCAUCCUGUACAAGUACGGUAGAGGAGAGGAGGUGAGGAUAAUGUGUGUUUGCCAUGGCAGCUUCUUGUCACCUGCAGAGUUCGUGAAGCAUGCCGGGGGCAUCAAUGUCGACCACCCUCUUAGGCAUAUAGUGGUUAACCCUGCAGGUCCGUCCUUUUGUUAAAAUUAGUUCUCUCUUGUUUUUGUUUCCACCAUGAAAUGAAAGAGCCCCCCUUUAAUCUUAUAAACAAAGAAGAUGGCGAGGGGGUUGUGUCUUUUGAAGUAAGAAACACUAACAAUUUUUAGAGGAUUAGAGGGGUUAACUUUUAUUAUUUUCUUUCCUUUUUGCCCCCAAUUUUAAAAUUUUAGCUCUUAAAGGAGUGAACUUUUUGUUCAUCGAGACCCUUGUAAAUGUUUUAGUUUUGUUUUUCUGACCUUCAAGGAAAUCAAUUUCAGGAAGGUAGGAUGAGCUUGUCCUGCGUAUCUUUGGUUGCUUUGCU